AUUUUAAUUGGCAGAGAGUAAAAACAUUACGUAUAUCUAAUGUUAAGUUAGAAAGGGUAAGAAAAGCUGAGAUUAAAAUUCAUAAAGACAUUGAAUUGAAUUCGAUCGAUCAACACCACCACCUUCUUCCUUCUUCUCCGUUUCUCUCUCAUAAGAUGGAUUGGGAAGGUCAAAAGCUAGCAGAGCAACUGAUGCAGAUACUGCUGCUAGCAUUUGCUGUGAUUGCGUUUGGAGCUGGAUAUAUCACGGCUUCUUUCCAAACAAUGAUCCUCAUAUAUGCUGGUGGUGUUAUUCUCACCACAUUAGUCACUAUUCCCAAUUGGCCCUUCUUCAACCAUCAUCCUCUUAAGUGGUUAGACCCGAGCGAAGCAGAAAAGCAUCCAAAGCCAGAACCAUCUUCGAAUGUAGCUGCAAAGAAAAAAUCCAUUAAAAAGUAGGUUUAUUUUUUUGUUGCUUAUGUUGGUACUUAGUGAUUUAAAGUUUGAAGUUGAUGCUUCGAAAGAAAUUUGCAUUUCCUUCUGCACAAUACAAUGUACUUAACUUCUUAGAGUACAAUUAUAUAAUUGUUUUCUUUUCGACA